UGCAUGUCCCCGAACCAACCAUUCACAGCGCGGCUCCCCUCAGCAAAGCCCGCCUGCCGGAAGCGGCGCCCCGUUCCCCGCCGCCGCCGGGACCCGCCGGGCUCGGGACGGGGGUACCAUGCCUCCAAAGGACCUGCUUUUCCAGGCCCAGGAUGGUGUUACGGGCAGUGGCAUGAGACACAGGGUCUGUCUUGGACACUUAUCUUUGCAGCCUGGUCUACCUGCUCUUUGUGUUGGUGCUCCUCAUUGGCUCUGCUCUUGGGGACAUGGGCAUCUACAUGGCAGACCUUCACAGGAUUUCCCAUUCCUAACCCCUGGGAGGCUGUGAGGAAGAGGAAGAUGCCCCAGGACACUGAGGCAGAGCAGGAGCUGAGCAUGGAGAGCAGGGAGGACAAAUCCCCGCGGCAGAACCUGGUGGCAGAGGCCGUUUUGAGCGGCUCCAUGGCGCAGGAACCCAACGGGGAGGAAAAGCCCCAGAGAUCCUGCACGAGGAGGGGCUGCAAACGCAGAUCACAGGGAUCUGAGGGGGAAAGAGCCAGCCUGGGCCGGGAAAGCGGCCAGAGAUGGAGCCAGAGCUCAGAGCUGGUGCUCCAUGAGCAGGUCUGUGAUGGGGAGAAGCCCCAUAUGUGUGGGGAGUGUGGGAAGAGCUUCAGGUGGAACUCCAGCCUGAUCCUGCACCAGAGGAUCCACACAGGGGAACGGCCCUACGAGUGUGAUCAGUGCAGGAAGAGGUUUCACACCAGCUCCAGUCUCCUCAAGCACCAGCGCACACACACAGAGGAGAGGCCCUUCCGCUGCCCCGACUGCAGGCAGGGCUUCAGGCGAAACACCCAUCUUGUCAGGCACCGACAAAUCCACACUGGGGAGCCCCACGAGUGUGAGGAAUGUGGGAAGAGCUUCAGCCAGAGCUCCAACCUGAUCCAACACCAGAGAACCCACACUGGGGAACGGCCCUACGAGUGUGGGGAGUGUGGGAAGAGCUUCAGCCGCCAUUCCACCCUGAUCCGCCACCAGCGCAUCCACACUGGGGAGAGGCCCUACGAGUGUGAUAAAUGCAGGAAGAGGUUUCAGAGCAGCUCCCAUCUCCUCCUGCACUAUCGGAUUGACAGAGAGGAGAGGCCCUUCCAGUGCCCUGACUGCGGGAAGGGAUUCAAGCACAACUUCAACCUCAUCACCCACCGGCGCAUCCACACUGGGGAGAGGCCCUACGAGUGUCCCCAGUGUGGGAAGAGCUUCUCACGGAGCUCUCACUUGACCCAACACCAACAGAGGCACCAGUAAGGGAAGCCCUGCGAGUGCCCUGAGUGCGGGAAGAGCUUCAGUGCAAGUAUGACCGUCCUGCAACACCGACAUCUUCAUACAGAGGAAAGACCCACCCUGAGCCAGGAAAGUGGACAGAGCUUCAGCCAGAGCUCAGAGCUGGUGGUCCUUGAGCAGCUUCAUGAUGGGGAGAAGCCCUACAAAUACUUGGAGUGUGGGAAGAGUUUAAGGCACAGCUCUGACCUGAUCUGCCACCAGAUGAUCCACACUAGGGAAUGGGCCAACACGUGUGGGGAAUGUGGGAAGAGCUUCAGCUGCAGCUCAGAACUCAUCGAGCACCAACACAUCCACAAUGGGGAGAAGCCCUGCGAAUGUCCCCAGUGUCAGAAGAGGUUUCACACCAGCUCACAUCUCCUCAAGCACCAGCAGAUUCACACAGAUGAGAGGCCCUUCCGCUGCCCCCACUGUGGGAAGGGCUUCAAGGAAAACUCCACCCUUGUCAAGCACCGGCGCAUCCACACCGGAGAGCCCUAUGAGUGUAGGAAAUGUGGGAAGAGCUUCAGCUGCAGCUGUGACUUGAUCUGCCACCAGAUGAUCCACACUGGGGAAAGACCAUACAGAUGUGGGGAAUGUGGGAUGACCUUCAGCCCGAGGUCCCAACUGAUCAUCCAUCAAAUGAUCCACACCGGGGAGAGGCCUUACAAGUGUGGGCAGUGUGGGAAGAGCUUCAGCCAGAGCUCAGAGCUGGCAGUCCGUGAGCAGCUUCAUGGUGGGGAGAAGCCCCACAAGUGCUUGGAGUGUGGGAAGAGCUUCAGGCACAGCUCUGACCUGAUCCAGCACCAGAUGAUCCACACUGGGGAAUGGCCCUACGAGUGUGGGGACUGUGGGAAGGGCUUCAGCUGCAGAUCCAUGCUUGUGACCCACCAACGCAUCCACACAGAGGAGAGGCCCUACGAGUGUCCCGAGUGUCAGAAGAGGUUUCAGACCAGCUCCACUCUUGCCAGGCACCAGCACAUUCACUCAGAGGAGAGGCCCUUCCACUGCCCCGACUGCGGGAAGGGCUUCAAGCGCAACUUCCACCUCGUCAGACACCAGCGCAUCCACACUGGGGAGAGGCCCUAUGAGUGUUCCCAGUGUAGGAAGAGGUUUCAGACCAGCUCCAAUCUCCACCUGCAUGAGCGCAUUCAUGCAGAGGAGAGGCCCUUCCACUGCCCUGACUGCGGGAAGGGAUUCAAACACAACUUCAGCCUCGUCAGGCACCGGCGCAUCCACACUGGGGAGAGGCCCUACGAGUGUCCCCAGUGUGGGAAGAGCUUCAGCCAGAGCUCAGAGCUGGCAGUCCGUGAGCAGCUUCACGGUGGGGAGAAGCCCCACAAGUGCUUGGAGUGUGGCAAGAGCUUCAGACAGAGCUCUGUCCUGAUCCGCCACCAGAUGAUCCACACCGGGGAAUGGCCCUACGAGUGUGGGGAAUGUGGGAAGGGCUUCAGCUGCAGAUCCACGCUUGUGACCCACUAACGCAUCCACACUGGGGAGAGGCCCUACGAGUGUCCCGAGUGUCAGAAGAGGUUUCAGACCAGCUCAGGUCUCCUCAGGCACCAGUGGAUUCACUCAGAGGAGAGGCCCUUCCACUGCCCUGAGCGUGGGAAGGGCUUCAAGCACAACUUCCCCCUCAUCAAGCACCAGCACAUCCACAGCGGGGAGAGGCCCUAUGGGUGUCCCACAUGUGGGAAGAGCUUCACUCAGAGCUCUGACUUGACCAAACAUCAUCGGAGGCACCAGGGCUUGGAAAGAAAGUCCUGUGAGGAGUGUAGGCAGAGCUUCAGCCGGAGCUCAGAGCUGGCGGCCCAUGAGCAGCUUCAUGAUGGGGAGAAGCGUUACAAGUGUUUGGAUGGGAAGAGCUUCAGGCAGAGCUCUGACCUGAUCCGCCACCAGAUGAUCCACACUGGGGAAUGGGCCUAUGAAUGUGGGGAAUGUGGGAAGGGCUUCAGCUGCAGAUCCACACUCAUCACCCACCAACGCAUCCACACUGGGGAGAGGCCCUACGAGUGCCCCAAAUGCCAGAAGAGGUUUCACACCAGCUCCAGUCUCCUCCUUCAUGAGCGGAUUCACACAGAGGAGAGGCCCUUCCGCUGCCCUGACUGUGGGAAGGGCUUCAAGCACAACUUCACACUCAACAGGCACCGGCGCAUCCACACCGGGGAGAGGCCCUAUGAGUGUUCCCAGUGUGGGAAGAGCUUCACCCGGAGCUCUGACUUGACCACCCAUGAGCAGCUUCAUGAUGGGGAGAAGCGUUACAAGUGUUUGGAGUGUGGGAAGAGCUUCAGGCAGAGCUCUGACCUGAUCCGCCACCAGAUGAUCCACACUGGGGAAUGGGCCUAUGAAUGUGGGGAAUGUGGGAAGGGCUUCAGCUGCAGAUCCACGCUCAUCACCCACCAACGCAUCCACACUGGGGAGAGGCCCUACGAGUGCCCCAAAUGCCAGAAGAGGUUUCACACCAGCUCCAGUCUCCUCCUUCAUAAGCGGAUUCACACAGAUGAGAGGCCCUUCCACUGCCCCUACUGUGGGAAGGGCUUCAAGCACAACUUCACACUCAACAGGCACCGGCGCAUCCACACCGGGGAGAGGCCCUAUGAGUGUUCCCAGUGUGGGAAGAGCUUCACCCGGAGCUCUGACUUGACCAGACAAAAACGGAGGCACCGGGGGGAGAAGCCCUACAAGUGCCUGGAGUGUGGGAAGAGCUUCAGGCAGAGCAGCAACCUGAUCUGCCACCAGAUGAUUCACACCGGGGAAUGGCCCUACGAGUGUGGGGAAUGUGGGAAGGGCUUCAGCUACAGCUCAGAACUCGUCACCCACCAGCGCAUCCACACCGGGGAGAGGCCCUACGAGUGUUCUCAGUGUGGGAAGAGGUUUCAGACCAGCUCCAGUCUCCUCCAGCAUGAGCAGAUCCACACAGAUGAGAGGCCCUUCCGCUGCUCCAACUGCGGGAAGGGCUUCAAGCACAACUCCAACCUUGUCAGGCACUGGCGCAUCCACACUGAGGAGAGGCCCUACGAGUGUCCCCAGUGUGGGAAGAGCUUCACCCAGAGCUCUGCCUUGACCAGACACCAACGGAGGCACCAGGUCAGGCACACAGGAAAGAAGCCCUACAAGUGCCUGGAGUGUGGGAAGAGCUUCAGGCACAGCUCCCACCUGAUCUGCCACCAGAUGAUUCACACCGGGGAAUGGCCCUACGAGUGUGGAGAGUGCGGGAAGGGCUUCAGCUACAGCUCAGAACUCGUCACCCACCGGCUCAUCCACGCUGGGGAGAGGCCCUACGAGUGUCCUACAUGUGAGAAGAGGUUUCACACCAGCUCCAAUCUCCUCCAGCAUGAGCGGAUCCACACAGAUGAGAGGCCCUUCCGCUGCCCUGACUGUGGGAAGGGCUUCGACCGCAACUCCACCCUCGUCACCCACCGGCGCAUCCACACCGGGGAGAGGCCCUACGAGUGCCCCACAUGUGGGAAGACGUUUCAGAACAGCUCCAAUCUCCUCCAGCAUGAGCAGAUCCACACGGAUGAGAGGCCCUUCUGCUGCCCUGACUGCGGGAAGGGCUUCAGCAAAUCCACCCUCAUCAGGCACCGGCGCAUCCACACUGGGGAGAGGCCCUACGAGUGUCCCCACUGUGGGAAGAGCUUCACCCAGAGGUCUCACUUGACCCAACACCAACGGAGGCACCAAGGGGAGAAGCCCUACAAGUGCUUGGAGUGUGGAAAGAGCUUCUGGACGAGCAGCGAACUGAUCCGCCACCAGAUGAUCCACACCGGGGAAUGGGCCUACGAGUGUGGGGAAUGUGGGAAGGGCUUCAGGUGCAGAUCCAACCUCCUCACCCACCAACGCAUCCACACCGGGGAGAGGCCCUUCGAGUGCCCCACAUGUCAGAAGAGGUUUCACACCAGCUCCAAUCUCCUUUUGCAUGAGCGGAUCAACACGGAUGAGAGGCCCUUCCGCUGCCCUGACUGUGGGAAGGACUUCAAGCAAAACUCCACCCUCGUCACCCACCGGCGCAUCCACACUGGGGAGAGGCCCUACGAGUGUUCCCAGUGUGGGAAGAGCUUCACCCAGAGCUCUGCCUUGACCAGACACCAACGGAGGCACCGAUAAUGGAAGCCCUGUGAGUGCCUCCACUGCACCAAAGCUUUUUCCCACCGGAGCUCAGAGCUGGUGGCCCAUGAGCAGCUUCAUGAUGGGGAGAAGUGUUACAAGUGUUUGGAGUGUGGGAAGAGCUUCAGGAAGAGCAGCAACCUGAUCCACCACCAGAUGAUUCACACUGGGGAAUGGGCCUGGGAGUGUGGGGAGUGUGGGAAGGGCUUCAGCUGCAGCUCAGAACUCGUCAGGCACCAACGCAUCCACACUGGGGAGAGGCCCUACGAGUGCACCCUGUGUCAGAAGAGGUUUCACACCAGCUCCAAUCUCCUCCUGCCUGAGCGGAUCCACACAGAUGAGAGGCCCUUCCACUGCCCCGACUGUGGGAAGGGCUUCAAGCACAACUGCACCCUCGUCACCCACCAGCGCAUCCACACUGGGGAGAGGCCCUACGAGUGUCCCCAGUGUGGGAAGAGCUUCACCCAGAGCUCUGCCUUGACCAGACACCAACGGAGGCACCGAGGAGAGAAGCCCUACAAGUGCCUGGAGUGUGGGAAGAGCUUUAGGCAGAGCAGCAACCUGAUCCGCCACCAGAUGAUCCACACCGGGGAAUGGGCCUAUGAGUGUGGGGAGUGUGGGAAGGGCUUCAGCUACAGCUCAGAACUCGUCACCCACCGGCGCAUCCACACUGGGGAGAGGCCCUACGAGUGUCCUCGGUGUGGGAAGAUGUGUCACACCAGCUCCAAUCUCCUCCAGCAUGAGCGGAUCCACAUGGAUGAGAGGCCCUUUCGCUGCCCUGACUGUGGGAAGGGCUUCAAGCACAACUCCACCCUCGUCACCCACCGGCGCAUCCACACCGGGGAGAGGCCCUACGAGUGCCCCACAUGCCAGAAGAGGUUUUACACCAGCUCCAAUCUCCGCCAGCAUGAGCGGAUCCACAGGGAUGAGAGGCCCUUCCGCUGCCCGACUGUGGGGAGGGCUUCAAGCACAACUCACCUCAUCACCCACCGGUGCAUCCACACUGGGGAGAGGCCCUACGAGUGUUCCCAGUGUGGGAAGAGCUUCACCUGUAGCUCUAGAUUCAACCUGAUCUGCCACCAGAGGAUCCACACUGGGGAACGGCCCUAUGAGUGCUUGGAAUGUGGGAUGAGCUUCAGCCACAGGUCUGACCUGGGUGUCCACCAGAGGUUCCGCACUGGCAACCUUGUGAAAGAGAAGCCCUACAAGUGCUUGGAGUGUGGGAAGAGCUUCAGGAACAGCAGCACCCUGAUGCGCCACCAGAUGAUCCACACUGGGGAAUGGCCCUACGAGUGUGGGGAGUGUGGGAAGGGCUUCAGCUACAGCUCAGAACUCGUCAGGCACCAACGCAUCCACACCGGGGAGAGGCCCUACGAGUGCCCCACAUGUCAGAAGAGGUUUCAGACCAGCUCCAAUCUCCUUUUGCAUGAGCGGAUCCACACAGAUGAGAGGCCCUUCCGCUGCCCCGACUGUGGGAAGGGCUUCAAGCACAACUCCACCCUCGUCACCCACCAGCGCAUCCACACUGGGGAGAGGCCCUACGAGUGUUCCCAAUGCAGGAAGAGGUUUCACAGCAGCUCCAAUCUCCGCCAGCAUGAGCGCAUUCACACAGAUGAGAGGCCCUUCCGCUGCCCUGACUGUGGGAAGGGCUUCAACUGCAACUCCACCCUCAUCACCCACCGGCGCAUCCACACUGGGGAGAGGCCCUACGAGUGUCCCCAGUGUGGGAAGAGCUUCACCUGUAGCUCUGCCUUGACCAGACACCAACGGAUGCACCGGUAAGGGAAGCCCUGCGAGUGCCCCCACUGCGGCCGGAGAUGGAGCCAGAGCUCGGAGCUGAUGCUGCAUGAGCAGGUUCAUGGUGGGGAGAAGCCCCACAUGUGUGGGGAGUGUGGGAAGAGCUUCAGGUGGAACUCCAACCUGAUCAGGCACCAGAGGACCCACACUGGGGAGCGGCCCUACGAGUGUGAUCAGUGCAGGAAGAGGUUUCACACCAGCUCCAAUCUCCUCGUGCACCAGCGCACGCACACAGAGGAGAGGCCCUUCCGCUGCCCCGACUGCGGGCAGGGCUUCAGGCGAAAUGCCCAUCUUGUCAGGCACCGACACAUCCAUACUGGGGAGAAGCCCCAUGAGUGUGAGGAAUGUGGGAAGAGCUUCAGCCAGAGCUCCAACCUGAUCCAACACCAGAGGACCCACACUGGGGAACGGCCCUACGAGUGUGGGGAGUGUGGGAAGAGCUUCAGCCAGCAUUCCACCCUGAUCCGCCACCGGCGCAUCCACACUGGGGAGAGGCCCUACCAGUGUGAUAAAUGCAGGAAGAGGUUUCACACCAGCUCCCAUCUCCUCCUGCACUAUCACACCCACCGGCGCAUCCACACUGGGGAGAGGCCCUACGAGUGUCCCCAGUGUGGGAAGAGCUUCUCACGGAGCUCUCACUUGACUGAACACCAACGCAGGCACCGGUGAGGGAAGCCCUGGGAGUGCCCUGAGUGCGGGAAGAGCUUCGUGCGCUGCUCCAGCUCCAUCCCCCACUGGAGGAGCCACGUAUGUCACAGCCCUGAUGACCCACAUUCCCUGUCAUCCAUGUUGGGAACACACCUGGCUGCUUCUCAUUUUGGUCUGACCUUAAUUUUCUUCUGCUUCUUCUUCAUCCCUUAAAAACAGCCAAACAGAGUUAAAAGAAAGAAAUUGAUCAAAGAUUUCUAAAGUCCCACAAUUUCAGAGGUUUUUAAGGGGGAAUUGAUGAUUUGGGGAUAUUCUGGAAGAUUUGUGGGUACUGGGUGGGGAUUUGCGCACUGUUCUCCAUCUCUUUGCACUCCAAACGCCAAGAGGGUCAUCUCAAAACAACUGAAUCCCGCUGAAAACAACUGAAUUUUAAUUUAUACAGGCUCAAUCCCACCUCAAAAUGCCUUGUUGCCACCUCAAAAAAACUCAGUCCCUUGCCAAACUCACUUGAUUCCACCACCGGCAGGGUUAGAUGGGGUUGGAAGGAGAUUGGGAGAAGUGGGAUCAAAAUUUGGGGCAGUGGGAUCGGGAUUAUGUGGAGCUGGGUGGGUGGGAUAUAUUUGAUAGUAAAUAAACCUUUCAGAGUUAGUGAUUUCUCUCCCAUUCAUUUUCAGUCCAUUGCAGUUCUGUUUGCAGAGUGCCCCCUUUCUCAGUUGAUUGUGUUUGUGUCCUUCUUUCUCUCCUGCCUCUCUUUGCCCGCUCUGUUUCUCUCUCAGUGUCUCUCUUGACCCAGGGCAGCUGCCCCCAAAGACCCUCCCCUGACUUAAUUCCCAGUGCAGGAGCUACAAGAGCCAUGGCUGAAGUUCUGAAGGCUGGCAGGGAAAUGUCACUGUGGGAUCCUGCUCCACUUGCCUUUCAGCCCCUUCUUAAGAGCUUUGCCUUCAAGGGCAGGAACAUCUUUUCCUGGCUGGGAACUGGAAUUCCAGGCCCUUGGAGUGUGUGCCGUGCAGGACCAUACAGACUGGGAUCAUAUGGACUGGGACUGCAGAGACUGGGCCCAUAUGGAUCAGGAACACACAGACUGGGAUCAUGGUGACAGAGACCUUGUAGACUGGGAUUCUAAAGGUUAGGAUUGUAUGGACUGGGAUUGUACAGACUGGGAUCACAUGGACUGAGCUUUCACAGGCUGGGACCAUAUGGAUUAGGGCCAGAGACUGGGAUCAUUCAAACUCUGGACCUUAUGGACCGGGAUGGCUGCACCGGAACAAUGUGAACCGAGGGGGUCCUGCCCUGCCCAGGGGUCCCUCCCCAUCCUGCUUGAGGGCGCAAGCAAAGUCCCCCGGAGCGAACGCAGAGGUCCCAGAGGGAUCCCAGUGCCAAUCCCAUUUCCAGUCCCAUUUCUAAUCCUGGUGGUGGUCCCAGAGUGAUCCUGGUGCUGAUCUGGCACUGGUCCCGGUGCCAGAUUUGGUCUCCGUUGCAGUCCUGGAGCACUCCCAGUGCUGAUUCAAGUCCUCUUGUUGAUCUCAGUCCCAGAGUGGUGCCAGUCCCAGUCUCGGUCCCAGAGCGCUGCCAGUCUCAGUGCUGGUUCCAGUGACGGUCUCGGUCUCAGUCCUGGAGGGCUCCCGGUCUCGGUCCCGGUCCCGGUCCCAGAGCAGUCCCAGUGCAGGUGCCGGGUUCCAGUCUCGGUCCUUAUCCCAGUCCUGGAGCGCUGCCGGUGCCAGUCCCAGUUCCAAAGUGCUCCUGGUGCCGGUCCCAGUGUCAGUCUUAGUCCCAGUCUUGGUCCCAGUGCCAGUUCUGGUGCCGGUUUUGGUCUGGGUCUCGGUCCCAGUCCCGGGGCUGGUCCUGUAGCGCUGCCAAUCUCAGUUCCAGUGUUGGUCUCAGUCUUGCUGCUGGUGCCGGUUCUGCUGCUGGGUUUGGUCUCAGUCCCGGAGAAUUUAGGUCCAUUUGGGUGAUUUUAGGCCAAACUGGGCAGGUUUAGGGUGGGUGUCAGAUCCCUUGCAGUGAUUUCAAGCCUUUUAGGGUGGAUUUGAGGCCCUUUUUGCUGAUUUUAGGCCAAAUCUGGAGGGUUUAGGGUGGAUUUUAGAUCCCUUUGGAUGUUAUUAGGCCUAAUCUCGUGAGAUUUAGGCCCGUUUGUGUGAUUUAGGAUAAAAUGGGCUGUUUUAGGGUAGAUUUUAGAUCUCUUUGGAUGAUUUUAGGCCCAUAUGGGUGGAUUUUAGGACUCUGGGUAAUUUUAGGCUGAACCAGGCCUUUUAACAGUGAUUUUAGGCCCCUUUGUGUUAUCGAUGGCUAAUGAGAUGAUUGGCUCUCACAAUUAAGGGAUGAGUACUGUGUGAAUAUUGAGAGAAGCUUUAUUGAUGUGUAAUUCUGUUAUUGCAGUCUGUUGUUUAGAUGUCCUCUGUUCUCCCACAGUUCCCUUUCCCCCUGUAUUGUUCCCAUCAGAAUCACAGUCUGAGUCAUCCAGGACUGGUGGAAAGAAGGCGAGUACAAAAACUUGUCCCUAAGGAGGGGGCGUGGCAUGACAGCACCUGACCCUCCAAUCAAGUUACAGGAAAGCAGACUCCACCAAUAAACAGCAAAGAAGAGUUGACUGACAGACUUUGGGAGGGCCAGGAUUGGCUGAUGCAACCCCGUGGUAUAAAAGGUGAAGUGUCCAUCUUGAGGAUGAGCCAGCCAUGUGGUAGGCAGCCACGAGGGGAGCUCCCAGGCCUGUUUGUCCUUAUUUAGUCCUUUUGUUGUCAUUUUUGUUAAGGUUGACUAAACCUUUUAAAAUUUUGAAAGUGAGCAGUCGUUUCUCACAGUAACCAAAGGUUCCUUUACUGGAGUUUGGUGCACAGGAGAAGCACCAACCAUAUAUUCUCAAGAGAUUAAAAUGACAAAAAUUUUACUGGCAAAGUAUGGAAAAUCAAGAAACUUUGGAAAAUGAUGUAAUAAAAUAUCCAAUUCAACAUAAAACACCAUAGCAGUAACUUCAUUAACUCAGCCCAUUACACCUGGAAACCUUUAAACAUUUAAGUUGUUGAGGUACCCAAAAAUGUUCCAUAUCAGGAGCUGUGGGAACCCAGCACAUCCCUCCUGAUGUCCAGAGCUACCGAGAGAACCCUUGGGGGUCUUGGAAUGUUGCCAAAAGCACUUGGUGGCUUGAUUUUGAUCCAUCUAGGGAUGUGCCACCGAUGUAUGAGGAGAUGGAACCUGUGGGAAUUACCCGGGUGUGAAUGGUGAAGGGAAAAACGUAGUUAUAGGGUAAAUUA